UUAGCACCAAACUUCACCACGUCCUUAAUCGUACAUAUGCGGUCCGUAUUUGUAUUUUGUAAAUUCGUAGUGCUAGUUUAUCAGUUGACGUACCUCUACAGAGCGCACGCCUUAUUAAUACGUUGUUGGGAUCGCAAAAUGCCCCACAGUAUCGGCCUUAUACUGCAAUUCCUGGCGCUUACCUUUCUAUAUUGCCGAGUUUUGUGCCAACCGUACGGUACAUUUUAUCCCCCAGGACCUCCACCUCCCGGGAACAAUGUCCCGUACGCCAGUCCGGCACAGCCAUAUCAAUGUUUACGUGUUUUACCCAAUUUUAUCCCUGGUGCUUAUGUAACGGUGCAGCCGGAACAGUUUCUGGGAAAAUGGUACUUUUAUCGUAACAACAAUGUGUACGGUCCGGUCGCCGUCAACGGUGUUCUCAACUACCAUUUCAUUGUCAAAGAUUACAACAUCAUCUUGAACCAGCCGGCAGUCGCCUCGUGGGUGUCGGCCGACUGGCAUAAUUCCACGAACGCCGCACCGGCCAACUCCACUACCAUAACCUGCGAUUCUUUGAUUUUUGUGGGGAAAAUUAUGAUCACCGGCUUAUUCGAUGGAUUCCUGUGGUCAAACGGCGAAGGGCCUCCCGCGGUUGGUAUAUAUCAGACUUUAUACAUCGAGCCUCGUCUGUUCUACAUCAAAUACAGCUGUGGUCAGGUGAAUAUACGGACCGGCAACUGCGAUCAGCCACAGUUCCAGAUCAACACGCGCAUCCCCUGGAAUAAACUGGACGCCCAGGCUCUCUACCGCAUUGACGGGAUUAUCGACGCCGUGCUGGCACCCUACUGUCGCCGGUCGGCGGAUCUCACCCGGUAUCCCCAAGGCGCCGAUUUAGCGGAGUGUCCGGAGCCGGCGCUGAGCGGAUGUGCCCUCGAAAUGCAGCAAGGCUACUUAAACGCCGCCACACGACGUUGUCCAAGUUGUUAGCGAUUUCUUAUGACCCUCGGAAGUCCUCUGAUGGACUAAGUCUCAACAACAAAAACGGGGCGAAUUUAUCUGUUAAUUUAAUUAAUAACUAUGAACCUUGCAGUUUAAAUAAUGUAAUUAUUCUUGCGUGAACAUUUUCUUUCAAUUUUUUAAACUACUGCGAAUAUUAAUCAUGAUAAAUAAAAAAAUCAUUCCAAAUUUUAAACCGAUUUUGCAUUUGGGAAAAAAUAUUCUGUGUACCAUCAUUGCUAUGCGUCGAUUCGUCGAAGCGUGCAGCGUAAGUCUUGAGCUUUUUCGUAACAGAGAAAAAUAAUACUGAUGGUUAGAAACAUUAAUGGCAGAAAAAAUAUAACGAA